AUGCUUUGGGUUUCCCACCAAGCAGCAAAUGUUGUCUCCUCUACUCCAGCUGUCUCUUCUCUCCCUCCCGUUCGGGCGUCUGCUGCAGCAGCGCUCCACCCACCCGCAGCAGCAGCAGCAGCAGCAGCAGCAGCAGCAGCUGGAGCAGCCCCUGCAGCAGCAGCAGCAGCAGCAGCAACGGAGCAGCAGUUUUCUGCGUACUUCCAAAGCCUGCAGCAAAGACAAACAGAAUCUCUUGCUCAAUGCAUUCGAGAUGUUGCUUCAAUUUCUUCUCAGCUAGGAAGACCAAAUCUUUCCAACCAAGUACCCACGGGGGCCCCCCUGGGGGCCCCCCUGGGGGCCCCCUUGGGGGCCCCCCUAGGGGCAGCUGGCGCAGCUGCUGCUGGGGCCCUUGGGGAACAGCUGCUGUACCCUGCGGGCCCUCGCAGCGAGUGUUUGAGAGCAGCAGCAGCUAGAACUGGAUAUGCGCCUGCUGCACUGCUGCAGCAGCAACAGCAGCAGCAACUGCUGCAGCAGCAGAACCUGACGCUCCGUCUGCGAGGCCUCGAAGCAGCAGUGCAGCGUCUCCUCUACCGCGAUCAGACGCAGCUGCAGCAACAAACAAUGAAGGGGCCCCUGGGGGCCCCCAUGGGGGCCCCCCUGGGGGCCCCCGUUGGGGCCCCCUUAGAGGCCCCUAGGGGGGCCCCCCGGGGGUCUCCACAAGGGGCCCCUCAGGGCGACCCCCAGGGGGCCCCCCAGGGGGCCCCCCAGGGGGCCCCCCAGGGGGCCCCCCAGGGGGCACUCCAGGGGGCCCCCCAGGAGGCCCCCCAGGGGGGCCUCCAAGGGGCCCCCCAGGGGCCCUCUGGGGGCUCUUCUUCGAUGCCAAGUGACAGCAGAAGGUCAACUGCUAAGGUUCGGCAGCAGCAGCGGCAGCAGCAGCGGCAGCAGCAGCAGCAGCAGCAGGACAUUUCUGCCUCUGCGCGCGCCGCACGGGCCUCGAGAGGCGAGCGGGGCCGCCACGGCUUAAGCAACAGCAGCAACAGCAGCAAAGCAGCAGCAGCAGCAGCAGCAGCAAAUGCAGAAUAUUUUGAAGAUGGAACUUCUGUCUCCUCAGAAGCUUUUGGCUCAAGUGUCUCUUUUGUCUCUUCCGAAUCUUCUUUCGAGUACGCCCGGCGGCGGUGGAAAGAAAGGCAGCAGCAGCAGCAGCAGCAGCAGCAGCAGCACGAGAUACAGGAUAGGGAGGUGACGCUCAACAACCCCUCCCUGGCCCUCAAGCAGCACGUGCAGCGCAUGCGGCUGCCAGCAGCGGCAGCAGCGAGGAGGACAGAGAGACAGCAGCAACAAGCAGCAGGGGUAGGGAGACACCACGCGGCAGCAGCAGCAGCGGGUACAGACGCAGCAGCAGCAGCAGCAGCAACAACAACAAGAAAGUCUCCUUUAUGGCUGAAACAGGCCAGGAGGCCCCAAGAGAACCCCCACAGAGCCACGACGCAGCAGCAGCAGCAGCAGCACAAACAGCAGCAGCAGCAGCACAAACAGCAGCAGCAGCAGCAGCGGCCGAAGAUGCUGCGGGGCCCCCCUCUGGGGGCCCCUGAGAACUUGAAAGUCAAACCCCCGGGGGCCCUGCCUCGGGGCGCGUUUCCCCAGAAGUUUCUGUUUCCUCCUGCUGCCAACGCGGGCCGCAGCAGCAAAAGUGCAGCAGCAGCAGCAGCAGCAGCAGCAGCAGAAGAUGGCGAAACUGAGGCCGAAAUAGACCCGGCGGACGCAGCAGAUGAUGAGCUUGGAAGAGGACCUUCUCAAGUGCUGAUUCGCACAGAGGAAGACGUAUCCAGAAGCCCCUGCAGCAGCAGCAGCAGCAGCAGCAGCAGGAGCAGCAGCUUGUGCAGCUGGUUGGGUGACGACGAGGAGGAGCUGCCGCGCGCUCGUGAGACGCAAGCUCCGGCUGAGCAGCAGCAGCAGCUGCAGCAGCAGCAGCAGCAGCCGCAGCAGCAGCAGCAGCAGCAGCGCCUCUUCAUGGUUGCUGCUGUGCAUGCAGCAUCCCCUCACAGCGAAAAGCCAAAAGCUGCUGCCAAGAAGAGGCCCCCCCCAAUGCCUCCUUUGAAGGCGGGCAGCAGCGUCCAGUCAAAAGAUGGGUUUGGGGGGCCCUCAGAUGCUGCUGCUGCUGCUGCACCAGCAGCAGCAGCAGCAAACGAAAAGGCGGCGGGGUCCCGCAGAGGCUCGCAGACGUCGCGAGAGCUGCCAGCAGCAGCAACAAAGGACAAGUUCCUGAGCCGCUCCUACUCAUUGACUGGAGACGCAGCAGCAGCAGCAGCAGAAGGGUCUCCUCGCUCCUCCAAAGGAGCCACGCCUCGCAAGCAGCAGCAGGAGCAGCAGCAGCAGCAGCAGCAGCAGGAUGCGGGAGUGAGUCCGGGUGCGGGCUCCCCCGCGUCCACAGCGCGGCGGCGGGGGUCCGCUUCUUUGCAGCAGCAGCAGCAGCAGCAGCAGCGGGGGAAGGAGCAGCAGAAGCUGCGGGGGCCCCGGGCGCGGCAGGUAGUAACAGCAGCAAGUGAAGAAGAUGUGAACUCAGGGCGGCUGCUGCUGGACCCGAAGCUAGUUGAAUCUUUUCGGGAGAAGCAGCAGCAGCAGCAGCGGGCGCUGCAGGACUUGGAGAAGCUUUACGACCUGCUGAAGGGAGACGCAGCAGCAGAGGGCGCAGCAGCAGAAGCAGCAGCAGACGGCGCAGCAGCAGCAGCAAACGCCGGCAAGAAAGACGACGACAAGCACCACAGCCACAAAAGCCACCACAGCCAGCAGCAGCAGCAGCAGCAGCAGCAGGAGGAGGGGGGGGCGCAGCGGGAGCUGAAGUGCGCGUCGCCGCUGGACAACGUGCUGCAGCAGCUGCGGCAGCUGCAGCAGCAGCCCGCAGCGCAGCAGCAGCGGGGAGUAGCAGCAGCACUCGGAGAUCAAGCUGAGACAGAAAGGCGAGAAGCAAUAGCAGCAGCACUGCAGCAAGUGGAGGCCCUGGCCAGCAAGGGGCAGCAGGAAGCAGCAGCAAAAGAGACACAAAAGAAUAAAGAAAUCAAAGAACUGCAUGCGCAGCUGCAGCAGCUCAACAAACAAAAAGAACUUCUCCGCAAACAAAUCGAGCUGCUGCAGCAGUUCUGCAGCAGCGACCAGUGCGUCCUGCUGCAGCAGCCUCCCACUGCAGCAGCAGCAGCAGCAGCAGCGGGAAAGGAGGCGGGCGAAGCGUCUCCCCAAGCGGGGGGCCCCUCAGGGGGGUCUUCUCCCUCUCGGGGGGCCCCCCAAGGAAAGGGGCCCCCAGGGGCCCCCCCCUCAGGGAAAAGCCCCCCGGGGGGAAGCCCCAUAAUGGGGGGCCCCCCAGAGGGGGGCCCCCCUGGGGGGCCCCCCCCAGUGGGUAGCCCGCCCCCGAAGGGGGCCCCCUCCCCAGGGGGACCCCCGCAAGCGGGGGGCCCCCAGGGGGGCCCCCAGUGGCGGCCCCCAGGGGGUGGGGGCCCCCAGAGGGGCCCCCAUGGGGGCCCCGGAAGUCUGGAGGAACUUUUAAAAGUGGUGAAGGGAUUAUCUGUGUUGGAAAAAAAAGAAAGAGAAAAAUUUUUGUUGGAAACAAGAGCAGCAGUUGAAGAAAUAGGAGAAAAAGAAAAAGAAAGAAAGAAAUUAAAAGAAACAAUUGAAAAGACUUUGGAGCUUGCAAUGAGGACUUGGGAAAAGAGAAAUGAAAAUAAAAAAAGAAGUGAAAGUGAAAAAAGAAAUGAAAAUAAAAAAAGAAAUGAAAUUCAAAAAAACCCCAAAGUCGAUAAAAGCACGCAAGACACUCCAGACACAGAGACGCUCCAAAAGCAGCUGCAGCAGCAGCAGCAGCAGCUGCAGCAGCAGCUCCAGCAGCAGCUGCAGCAGGAGCAGGACAGAAAAGAAAUCAACACCAGGGAUAAACAAAAGACACUCGAGGAGGCAACCAAACUCAAACUUAAAGAAGCAAGAAAAGCUUGCGAAGAAGCUGCUGCUCACCUGGAGUCGGAGAUUGGGGAAAUGGGGGCCCUCAGCGAAAGCUCGACAGCCCCGAGCAGCUUGAGGGGCCCCCUGGGGGCCCCCCUGGGGCCCUCUUUGAGGGGCCCCUCUUACUACGGGGGGCCCCCCACUUUGCCCGAAAUCAAAGACUGUCUCCUGUCCCCUUUAGCAGCAAAAAGACAAGAGGGUCUGCUGCUGCUCAAGAAGUGCUUGGCCCUCAGCAGCAGCCAGCAGCAGCAGCUGCAGCAGCAAAAUCCCAGAGCAGCAGCAGCAAGAAGGGCCAAGGCCCAUCUCCUCUUCUACAGGCUUCAGUGCGCCCCCAAGCCGGGGGGGGCCCCCCGGGGGGCCCCCUGGGGGGCCCCCUGGGGGCCCCCCUGGGGGCCCCCCCAGGGAGCCCCCCAGGGGAGCUCCUGCGGGAACGAGGCGAGGGGAUGGGAGGGACGCAUACUCCAAAGGCAGCAGCGUCGUUGCCCAAGCAGUAAGUAG